AUGGCUAAGCGUGGCCGCACUGUGGCGACUGCGAACAAGAGGGCGCCGUUGACGCGCGCUCGCAAAGCCGCCGCUUCGCCGGCGUUCCAAAUGACAUACUCCGGUGACGCAUCGGGUGAGCAAACCACGGAGGAGCAAGACCGUGCUUCCGCGGACCGUCGACCUAAGCGGCAGCUCGCUAUCACCGACACGCGAACUGCGGAACGGGCAACGCGGGGCCCUGCACGGGCCCGCCAAUCGGCGGUGGGGGCGAGCAAGGGCGGGAGGGGUCAAGAUAGACCAACCAGAACUGCGGUACCGCCUCGCACCGGAGGGGCGCGAGCAAGCACGCAGGCCAGCCGUCCCCGAACUUGA